ACCAUGACAGCCACGUCCACUGUGUCACUCGUCAAAGAACUUCUUAAAGUCGUCGGAUCGCUCGAAGAGCAAGGAGUGAAUGGUCAUCUACAGCCGCAACAGGCUUACGAGGCAACAAGGCGAGUGGAGGCCCUCACCGACGAGAUCAAAAGGGCGGUGCUCGGACCCCUGGAGUACACCAUUCAGAUCGCAGGCAGCUCUCUGUCUCAUUCUAAUCAACUUGGAGUCGCAGACGUGAUAGGGGAUGACGUUAAGACGCUUUUCGCUUUGCCUCUGGCCUUUCUGACGUUCUGGUGGUAUUCGCCGUAUGCAGGUACUACCAUAAGCUGCCUCGUCGCCCAUGGAUACUUCGAAGUUGAUGGCUUCGGGUCUCGAGUAUACAGGAACAAUGACAUGUUCAAUAUCCUUCGAUCUCACGACAGCAAUACUCUCUGUGAUGCAAUCGGCUUUAUCUGCGAUGACGAGUUCAAAUCGGCCGCGCACCUUGUUGAGACUGCACGUGCGGCAGGUAACACAGGAGGCAAGAAGACCAAAGCCGCAUUCCAUGUUGCUUUCGGGUUCGAUCGCCCCGUCUUCGAGUGGUAUUCCGAUCCCGCGCAAGUCUGGCGAGGACAGAGGAUGAGCCGCGCCAUGGAGCAACUGCACAGGAUGGCCAAUGGGAACGUCGUGACAGGCACGCACCAGUUCCUUACUCUCCGCAGACCGCGAUCCUUCGGAGAACGAAGCAUUGAACGACGCGUUAACAGACUUCGACUGGCCUGGAGCACCCAGCCUGCCGUGGCGCAGACCCGCGUCUCGUUCGCCGCCGGCGACUUCCUCGCGCCGACCCUGGACGCCACAGGACUCCCCCGCGGCCAGCCGACGUACCUCAUCCGCCACGUUCUGCACGACUGGACGGACGAUGAGGCGGCGGGGAUUCUCGGCAACGUGCGCGCCGCGAUGAUCGCGUCCGACGCCGCAGGGACGCGCAAGGCGCAAGGCCAAGCGCCGAAGCUACUGCUGUGCGAGAUGCUGCUGCAGGAGCGCAGCGGCCGGUUCGUGUACACGACCAGCAUGCAGGCUCUUUCGCUGAACAAUGGGAGGACGCGCACAGAGGCGGAGAUGUGCGGCCUGCUGAAACGCGCGGGGUUCAGUGAAGUGGUCAGGCUUGGAGCUGUUCCUUGGAGUUUUAUGCACAUUAACUAA